CGCACUGGCGGCGGCAUCUUCCUUCACCAGACACAGUUUGCCCAUGAAAUCCUGGAAUGUGCUGACAUGCUCCACUGCAAGCCCAUUUCUACGCCAGUCGACACCAAAGCAAAGCUGUCAGCCACGUCCGGAACACCACUUCUGUACCCCUCUAUAUACAGAUCCAUCGUCGGUGCCUUACAGUAUCUUACUUUCACUCGGCCUGAUCUUACAUAUGCAGUCCAGCAGCUCUGCCUCCACCUUCAUGCCCCCCGCAGCACCCAUCUUACAGCCAUGAAGAGGGUUCUACGCUACAUCCAUGGUACUGCUACUCAUGGCAUCACACUUCACCGGACGGGCACAGAUUCUUUGCAGGCCUACUCCGAUGCUGAUUGGGCUAGAUGCCCCGAUACUCGUCGCUCCACCUCGGGGUACUGUGUUUUCCUUGGAGACAACCUUAUCUCAUGGUCCUCCAAGCGCCAGGCCACCACCUCCCGCUCCAGUGCUGAGGCCGAGUAUCGUGCCGUGGCAAACAGCGUAGCUGAGGCAAGCUGGGUCCGAAAUCUUCUCCUUGAGCUUCAACAACCCCUGCGGCGUGCCACACUGGUCUUUUGCGACAACGAAGGAAAUUCUAUGCCUACUGUUUUUCCUCCUCAAGAUGUUCCAGCGGCUGUCUCCCAUUUAAUUUUUUUAGACGAUGAGGAUGAUGUUCCAGCGGCUGUUUUGUCAUCUCCAUCCACGCAGAUUUCAGCUUCUCCACACACGGAUGAAUCACAGUCUACUGGGCAGUCUACUGGACCUGCUUCUGCGCACACAGAUGAACCCCAAACUGCUGCCGAUGUCCAGCCGGUACUGCCCGAUGCUCUGCCAGUGCCUUCAAGUGUUGAAUCAGUACCUGUUAUGGGUCGCGGUCAGCGACAACGCACACCGAAUGUGCGUCUAGCUGAUUACCAGACCUAUGCCGUUAAACGUGGUGCUUCCACUACGAUCGAAUCGCAUUAGAAAUAAUUUUUUUUAAAUCCAUUCAAAAUAUUGUAUGGAUGAAAAUUUAAUGGAUCGACAAAAAUUUUGUUUAACCCACGGGUUAGAACACUAGUAUUCUAAACAAAUACUCGUAUGAAAGGAGUAUUGCGUUAAUCAAUUGAAAGCUUUGUU